AUGCUCCGUUUCGGUCCUGGUUCACAGCUACCCACUGGGCCUGCUUCCGCGGCCUAUGGUGUUGUCUCUUUGGGGGCGAUAUUUCUUGUUCUUGGAUAUCUUCGACGUCGUAGAUCUUUGUUCUCAACCUCAACGUCGACAGCGACACCAGCGGUACCAGCUGAGGCAGAGAAAUUAAUCCAGGCAUACAAAUGCCCACUUCCCGUGGUGAAUAUCACUUCCCUCGCGGGAUUCAAUUACAGGGAAAUGUCUCCAGCAAAGUUUAGGCCGUUCAAGCCCACUUAUUCGCUUUCCAUGGGAGCUUCUCCCCCAGAUGCUCUUGGCAUCGAAUCUUGCUCACCCAACGAUCUCAUCUUGCUCGAUCGCCUCUACCCGUCAAGAAUCUCCCUACGGAAACGUAUCAUUCAGACGCAGCCCACGGAAAUGAUUCUUCACUCAUCUCCGGCGUCCAUCCCAGCUGUCGCCGAACUUUACACCUUCGUGCUACAGAAAUAUCUUCCGGUUAGGUUCCCAACCCACUUCAUGCUUUCUCCCUCCGGAACGCUAUUCACAAACACAAUCACCCACGACACCCACCCGAUCGCUCCCCCGCCACACACAAAUCCCUCAGAUCCCGCCCCAGCGCUCAAGAUUCUCGCCACCACUAUUGAGGAAGAUCUCAUGGUUCUUCUCCCCGACUCAAAAGGCCUCUACAGUCUCGCUGCUUUUGCCUGCUGUUUCCCAUCUGGCGCAGCCCCGGAGAAGAGGACUGGUCUGACUCUUGAUGAGAUCCACCAUGCGCCCGCCCCCGGCGAUAGGCUCUCGGCGUCUAUGAACCGCCUCUUCACCCGUCUGCGCCCCGGCCUUGAGAACGCCGUCAGGCGCUUCAACUGGAGCAUCACCACUGACGACCGCUUGUUUGCGCUCUCUGGAAACCACAUGUACUCCGAUGACGAGGAUGAUGAGCCCGAGGAUGAAACUGUCGAUCCCAGGAACUGCAUGCUGCGAGUGGAGCGCCAAGUCCUGUGGAAGCUGCCAGGAUCCCACGCAGCGGUUCUGACGGUCAAGACUUACAUGUACACGCUUGCAGAAGUCAAGGCCGAAGGCCUCGGAGAGGAGCUCGCCAGAGGUGUCGAGGGUAUGGGAGAAGAGGUUGGAAAGUACAAGAAGCGUUGUUUCUGGGUAAGGAUGUUGUUGAGUACUUGA